UUAAAUAUAUAAAAUAAAGUAUGUAAGAUUAUAAAGGAAAUCAAUUGCAUUAAAAUAUAGCUAUUGAGCCUUAUGUUAAAAACAAAGCUGUGACAUGUGACGUGUGUUUCUUUCUUAAGGCCUCCAGCGACACAGCCUCGCAGUGGGCCCAAUAACUCCCAUGACUUCAACACGGUGAUGCGUAGAAAUCUUUCGAGCUGUUCGCCACAAGGCUGAUAGGAUAUGAAAACAUCUGCAACUUCUUUUGGUGACGAGGACCCAGGUUUUACUGAUACCUGUGGGCUUAUGGCUUGCAGUGAGCACCGAAGAAAACGAAGAAAAUGAAGAAAACGCUAACGUUCAGUUAGAGGUCCUCUGAAUUCUGUUCAGGAACUCCUUGGGAGGCUGUGACCCAAGGUUCAGAAGCCCUGGCCCCAGGGCUCGGGUUUCCAUUGUUUGUAGAUUUCUUCCUUCCCAUUGUUCUUAAAUGACCCAGAGCCAAUUCUCCUUUAGUCCAGUAGGCAAUGAAACUGAUACUAGUGAUCACUUUCCAGGCGGGGGCAGUGAGGCCCUGGGACACGCACUGCUUUGUAGUUUGUGGGACAAGGACCUCACGGUGGAGCUGGAAGGGAACACUGGCGCCCUUGGAGUCAGAUCAAUCUAAGGAUGGAGGUAGAGCACGUCAGGGGAGGGUGCCAGCUCAGCACUGACCUCGGUCCAGAGAGCGGCCCGUAUUCAUCAAGCACACACACCCACACACGCACAGCUGUACACACGGUACGGAAAAUGGUGGCACUGGCAUCCGCUGGAGUGAGAAGCAGGGCCAGGCCCCAGUCCCGAGGCACCUGGCGUGGGACGCUCUCCUACAGUCAGUCGCUCAGCAGCGGGCUGCCCCCGCCCACCUGCCUCACCCUCUCUGGCCCCGCCCCACAGCUUGCCAGCUUUCUUCUCCCUGGGGGAGGCAAGUUCAUUGUUAGCGCUUGUCACCCCGUUUUUCUCGCGUCGCCUUUGUCUCCUGGGGUGCCUGCCUGCCUAGUUCAGGGCCUCCCCGCUUCCUGCUCUUUCUUCUGUGCUUCCUCUGUCAGCCAAAGUAACCCUUAUCUGGCUAAAACGUGUCAAGAACACCGCUGAAAUCCACCUGUACACCGGAAUAGGAGGAGCUCUAAGGCCCAGAGAAAUCAGAGCCAGCAACCAGGAAUUCCUGGGCCUGACAUGUGGGAGGUGCUCAGCGAGUGUUUGCUUAAUCGAGUUACCGGGUAAAGAGCCCCGAAAGCUCCCCAAAGCCUCUUCUGGCAUUUCCAGCAAGGUCACCAUGUAUCCCUCACCUUCUCUAAUUAAGCUGGCUUUUCCUCAAGUGCCCGCUGUCCAAAGUGAACAAAAUGUUUUCAACCAGUGUUGCUGGUUUUGUUUGCAACAGUAUUUCUCAGUAUCAUGCUUCACCCGCUGUGUGGGGUAAUUAGUUUUGUGCCGAAGGAAGGGAGUGAGCAUGGGAGGCGGGGGCGGGACGGGGGUGGUCAGCCCCCAUCCACCGUCGUCUCGUGGAAGGCGGCCCGUGUGAGGGGGCAUCUGUACGGGGCACCCGGAGCCCACAGGACUCUUUCAGGAACCCCUCCAGCACCCACCCGGCAAGAUCCUGCUUUCUUCCUCAGGGCCUGUGAGCGGGAUGUGCAGUGUGGGACGGGCACCUGCUGCGCCAUCAGCCUGUGGCUGCGUGGGCUUCGGAUGUGCACCCCGCUGGGGCGGGAAGGAGAGGAGUGUCACCCGGGCAGCCGAAAGGUCCCCUUCUUCAGAAAACGCCAGCACCACACCUGCCCCUGCCUGCCCAACCUGCUGUGCUCCAGGUGCCCGGACGGCAGGUACCGCUGCUCCACGGACUUGAAAAACAUCAACUUUUAGGAGCCUGGCUGUUGUCGGCACACACGCUGGGCCUCUGCAUGAGAACAACCUGGGGGGGGGGGUCUCUUAUGGAUUUUGAUUUCUGCCACGUGGCCCAGCUCCCCCACCGCCCCGUCCCCAGGCCCCAAGCUGCCUCCCCCCAUCCCUGCUUCCUAGCCCACAUCUGUGCAUUCAUGCAGACACCUGCACACGGUCUGCCAGGCUGGCCUGAGGUUGUCCCAGCCGAGGGCCGUGGUCCUGGCAGCAGCUGUUCCGGCUGGCUGAGGGGUUGUACGUGAUCGGAAGGACACUGUUUUCCCUUAGCUCCUGCCUCACUCACCUGUCUGCUCCUUAGAGUUGACUUGUCCUCCUCCCCAGGCCCAUCUGUCCCUCCUCCCGCAUGCGCUCUCUGCCUGAACCUGCACAGCCCCUUGGGUGCGCUGCUCUGUGUCUCUGGCCUGAGCCUCAGGCCCUUUCUGUGAGGCCUGUGACUGUCAACCCGGGAGUCGGUCAUCUUCCUUUGACUGACUAACCAACCCCUCGGUUGUAGGCCACGGGCCCAAGGUCAGCCUUUCCCGGGGCGCAGUAGGCGGUGACCUCAUGGCAGGCGCGGGGAGCCACCAGGCCAGUGCUGCAUGGCCUCCAAACUCCUCCCAGCACGCCUUACCAGUUAAGCAGGGAAGCCCCCAAUUCCUACUACCUCGCUCUAAAAUGCAAGCGGCUGCCGUUUGAUCUAAUCAGCUAUUGACGUUUUAGGAGGCAAUUAGGGAGUAACCUCAAACAGCUCCUUCCCAAGGAUCGGUCCCUGGGAGCAUGUCUGUGACCUUGAGGACCAAGGGCCUCUGCCCAGCUGGUGGGGGGUGGGGGUGUCAGGUGGGAGGGGAGGCAGCAGGCAGGGACACCGACUUUGGAUACAGGCGUGCAACCACCACCGCGGGCCCAGGCUGCACAGGCACCACACCCAGAGACAGCGUCUUCUCCAGACAGUGAGGGCUUCCUGAAGUUCAAAGCUGUCUGUCUGGGACUUGUGUCACUGGCCUCCAUUGUCAUCUAAAACACAGUUUCUCUAAGCCCCUCGCAUCUGGACCCUGCCCCAGGCCCACCCAGGACAGCGUGGUGAUGCCCGAGGCUGCAGAAUAAAAGCAUGAACAAGGGGCGA